AUGAAUACCCUCUACUUCAAGUCCUUGUUUCGCGAGGACCUCUACAGAAAUCCUACCACCUCGGUCCAGGAUGCUAUCGCUAGGUCGAACAACUUCAUUCGAAUGGAGGAAGAUACAACAGCGAUACUCAAGAAACUGAACACGGCAGCCAAACCGGCAACCGCCCCGAAAGCUCCCGAGGCACGCCAAGAACUCCGUCAGCACACCUCAGGCAACAAGCCUAACCAGCCGAAGAGUUUCGUCUAUGUGGUUGAAGAUAAAAACCCGCCUCCAGGACCGACUGUCGUCGUACGCGAAAAAGGUUGGAACGUCUGGGAAAAUGACGAGAAGCCGCAAACCUCUUCGACGCCUUCAACUUCAAGUCCUGGCUCAGCUGAGCCAAAUCUGUGGUUCAGCUUCCAUAAAUCUAAAGUGCAUGAUACGAGGAGUUGCAGGCAUUUGGUCGAUGCCCUUUUCUCAUCUUAUGAAAAGGGGACAUCCAACGUCAAGUUGCCGAAGCCUAGGCCAAACAGCACCAAGAGCUGGAGCAAAAGCAAAGAAAAGAAAGCUCACAAGAACCAUGAUAAGUCUGGAACUCGCCAAAGCAUACGGAGGAUGACAAGCCAGAAGAGCAGGACGAAGAUGAGGGUGAAGCACAAGUCGAAGAAGAGCAACCUCGUAAUCGUCGACGUGUCAAAGUCAUCCUCGCACGACCAAGUUCCCCCUCUGAUGAAGAAGAGGACAAACAAGUCCAUGACUCACACGAGUACUCCAGCAAUAACCUCGAGGAAAUGGCCAUCAAAACCUGAGAAUGAUCCCUCGAUCACUUUCUCACCAGACGAUGCCAUCGGCGUCCACCUACCUCACAACGACCCCCUACUAGUCGAAGUAGGAAUCACGAAGUGUGACGUCGCUAAAGUUUUGAUCGAUACUGGCAGUUUAGUCGAUUUGAUCUUUCGAGACACGCUCGAUAAGAUGGGAGUCGACUUGCGCGACAUGAAACCAUCAUCUCGCUCCCUCACAGGAUUCAACGGAGCUUUUGAGACAAUGAUCGGGAUGAUCAAACUCCCCGUCUACGCAUGCGGAGUGACACGCACAGUCAAGUUCUCAUGCGUGAAAUUUCUAGGACCAAACGGUCAGGUGCAGACGCUUCGCGGAGAGCAGCAGGCCACUCGCGACCUACUCAUUGCGACGGUGAAGAUGCAACAAUCGACUCCCCGCAUCAACGCGGUAGCAAAGCAAAAUCAACCUCAAAAAGAUGAGAUCCUAGAAGUCACCAUCGACGACUCUGAUGAGAGCAAAGUAGUUUGA